GUUCUUUGCUAUGUCUGUGUAUCAAAUUUUUCAUAAUUUUGAGUGUUUUUGAUAAUUUGGCAAAACAUAUUUAGUCUGUUUGGAAACAAAUGCAAACUACAUGUAUAUCGAAAUGUUUCAGUAAUUAAUCGAUCGUGAAAUUCCAAAACGAUACUGAUUAUGCAUCUAUAAGCUUUUUCUCAAACAAGGUAAAUCACAUGGUUCACUGUAAAGAAAACUCAGUACUCCUAACCAAUCAACUGCGUAGACGCAGUCAUACACCAGAACGCAGAAGAGAAGAAUAUUUACGUGGAAUCGAUAUUUCAUUGAUCAGUUCAGUAGUGUUACCGCCUUGUGAACUUUUCACCGAAUCGAAUGCAAUCUCAUUUAUCAGAAAAUAUCAUAAAACAAAACCAGUCAAAUAUAAGGCAUUUAUACUUCCAGACAAAAUUGUGCUGCAUUACAAGAACCGAAAGCUAAACACUCAUCCAAAACCAUGUAUCAAUUAUUCUGAAGUGAAAUAUAUUUUUGUCUCAUCAAGUAUAUCAACAUCUGGCUGUUUUGUACUAUGCAUUGAUUCAUGCACUGAUAGACAAUGUCGCUAUGAGUUGUAUAAAAUUAAGGAUCUUGAAACGCGUAACUAUUUCAUAGACUUCUUAAAAUCUACUACGGGUGUUAAGGCUCGCCUUCAUAGUAACAGUAAUAAUAGUUACUGUUAUCAGCGUCAUUCAGUUCCACAUCACUCUAAAGCUUUAAACUCCCAUAGAAUAUCAAGUUCUUCUCAAGAUGAAUCGGAAUCUUUAUUUAAUUACGAAUCUUCGAGUUCAAAUUUUUCAUGAACUCAGUUAAAACGUAAAUAUCAGUAAAUUUGGUUUUUCAAUUACAUCUUUUGUUUUUUAAUUACAAAAACGAAUGUGACAUUAAAUUAAUUGUUAUAAUCAAUUUGAAAUGGUAUGUGGAAACCACUCUGAACCAACUGAAUCAUCAUAACGGAUUAUUUAAAUAUGGUUUAACAAAAAUUCAGCAUUUGUAACUUUCUUACUAUCGAACAAACUAACACUUUUAUCUUAAAAAUAAAUUUUUUUUCAAAAUCCUAAUUAUUUUUCUUUGUUAAACAUGAGAAAAUUAUCUGCAGUGAUGUGAAAAUACAAAUAUUGAUUGUUUUUAAA